AUAUACAGGAUAGUUGACUUCAACAUGGAGAAUUCUGAGGUGGGUUCUUUUAUGCGGAACCGAAGGUUUGGGAGCUAUUUUGAUGCUAGUUCUGCGGGGCCGGCAUCGCCACGGCCGAAACCGGUGGCGAAGGUGGUGGAGCAGCCACAGCAGAGGGUGGAAUCCGAUGAGUACGCAACCGACGAUGAUGGGUGGUUUUCUUUGUUGAUUUCUUCGGUCAGAAUUAUUGUGUGUUUUGUAUCAAUGAUGUUUACAACAUUAAUAUGGGCUUUGAUCAUGCUGGUGCUUCUGCCAUGGCCUUACCAGAGAAUUAGGCAGGGCAAUAUCUAUGGACAUGUCACUGGUAAAAUGCUGGAUUCUCUUGGUUGA